AUGAGAUUAACAUAUGUACAAGUUAGGAAAAUUACCAAUGCAGCUAUUGAAAGGUAUGUUUCUCUCAAUAAGCACACGACUGGUAGCACAGUCUUCCAAGGUACAUUAUAUGAAAAUAUAGCAAUGAGAGAAAUGAGUCAAAAGCUCGGUAUGAUAAAUCUCGAGAGAGUUGGAGGGGCUCAUGAUGGUGGUGUUGAUGUUACUGGAGAUUGGUCGGUCGUUCCCAUUUACAAAAAAAUGGAACGGGUUUUAGGGCCUUACCGGGAUAAAAUCCCAAAGAGAUGUACAGUAAAUGGUGCCCGCUUAACACCGAUCGCCAGUAAAAUUGAAUCUGGAAGUGAGAUUUUACCAUUAAGGGCUCUGGUUCAAUGUAAAGCCUUCACAUCCAGCAAAGUCACCCCCAAGGAAUUGAGGGAAUUGGUAGGGACAUUUGGAUCACUUGUAACAAAUUCCAAUCGGGAUAAGACUGUCGUUAUAAUGUGUUCCCCACAUCUUCUUACCAAAGACAGUUUAAAACUAAUUAAUGGCCUUCGGAUUCCAUUGAUAUAUCUUAGGAUAGAGAUGCUCCAAUUUCUACAAGGUCAAGAAAAAUACGAUUUUGAAAACUCAGGUAAGUUAAUCAACUAUUUCGAAAAUGAAUAUGCAAUGCGACUUUUGCAAGGAUGUCGCAUUGAUGAGUGGGUAAAAUACGAUAUUUACAACAAAAUUGACUCUAGAUGUAAAAAAUAA